GCAGUAUGGAAGGUUCAACGUACCUGCGUUGGUGGAGAAGUUGCGCCUCACUUUCAUAUCUGGCCGCAGCAUGAGCACGCGGGCCCACGCGCUCACGCUGCUUUUUGCGGUAGCCAUUGGCCUCUACUCGAUCUCGCCCCCGACACUCGUCGACUACAAACACCUCAUCGCGUCUCUCUUGGCGCCUGCAAUUCAUUUUGAGGUGGAUCCUGCCUUCAACGUCUCCGCGUGCAAGGCCGCUGCAGCGUCCCACUUGUCCAACACCACGUACGUCCGUGGCUUCCACGUUCUCUGCCUCGCGGCCACCGCCAACAACACUAUCCAAGGGCUCGUGUACGAAGACGGCGUGCUUGGGUACCCUUUGUACUAUGCGACAGCGCGCGACCUCGACGAGCUAUUCCGCGCGCUGCCAAAGUCGAGCUUGGAGGACGCGGACGCGCUGCAGUGGAAGCAGCCACCUCGGUUUUACGCCCCCGACGGCGACUUGCUCUUGUUCGUGGACCAGCUGCUUGCCUACAAUAUCGUCUAUCUCUUCGAAGGCGGCCAGUUCAUUUGGCCAGGGCUCUACGUCGGGCACCGACGGGUCGUACCCGACCUUCCGGGGGUAGGGGAUGUCGUGCUCGAGACGCUCUCGAUGCAGCCACUCGUACUGGCGGUCGACCGGUUUUUGCACAACGAAGAAAUCAACGUCAUCGUCGAGCUCGCGCUUCCCCAUCUCGCUGCCUCCACGGUCAAGCUCCAAGAUGGUGACGAAGACAAACCCGCGUCCGAGUGGCGCACGAGCUCCCAGUACUUUCUUCCGUCGUCCGAGAGUCCCAUCUUGGCGCAGAUCGACGACCGUGUUGAAGCGCUCGUCAAGGUGCACAAGACGCACCAGGAGCCAGUCCAAGUCCUGCGCUACGAAAAGAGUCAGAAAUACGACCACCACACCGACUACUUUGACGCCAACAUGUACGACAACAGCCCCGACUUCCAAGACUACCUCCAUCACGGCCACAAGAACCGCAUGAUCACGGUGUUUUGGUACAUGUCGGACGUUGCGGCCGGCGGGCACACGGCCUUUCCGCGCGCCGGCGGCCGUCCCCAGCCCGACUCGAUGACCGACUGCACAGAAGGGCUCCUCGUCGCGCCCAAGAAGGGCAAGGUCAUCGUCUUCUACAGCAUGCUCCCGGAUGGAUCGCUCGACCCGGUGAGCCUCCACGGCGGGUGCCCCGUCCACGACGGCGUCAAGUACUCGGGCAACAAGUGGGUCUGGAACAAGCCGCGGUAGAUAACGCAGUAGCAUAACCAGCACCCGCUACGUGAAUGCAUACAGCCAACCACCAA